AGAAUCCCAAAUAGCACUGACCUGAAAGUCAUGCUGCUCUGUUCUGUCAUAUGAAUGUGAUUAUUUUUGGUCGUAUGUUCUCUUCAUUGAAACUAUUAUACGUUUUUACGUAUUCAUACAUGAACUGCACAUCGCGUGGAGGCGUCUUUUCAGUUCAAUACAAACGUAGAGGCUGGCAAGACAGUUCAACUCAACGCUAACGCAUUGCAAAGCUAGGAAGCUAGCUAGCUAACUAGCCGAUUUGACAGAUAACGUUACAGCAUGGAGCCCGAAGCACAAAUGCGAAACGUAAGUUCAUCCCAUGUCAUCGAUUCGUGCUUUAUUGAACGGACACGUUAUAGAUGUAGCCAUGAUAUGACUCCAAGACCAGGCUUUUUGUGUUCAUGCGAUGCGUUGAUCCUAUCUUUUGGUUGUUUUAGCUACGGGACUUUCUGAUGGUCUACAACCGUAUGACAGAGAUCUGCUUCCGGAGAUGCACCAGUAACUUCAACUACAGAAGUCUCACCAUGGACGAGGUAUGGCCUGGGACAUUACAUGGUUGUGUUUGAGAGAUGACACUCCUCAGGGGACAUGGCUCUAUGUGGGUUUGUGUUUGAGAGAUGACACUCCUCAGGGGACAUGGCUCUAUGUCUUUAGCCAAUGGUGUAGUGCUAUUUAUUUUAGGUGUGAGAGGGAAAAAUAAAAAUUACUUAAUCGUUUCCUCAUUCAAAGUUUGUACUGACUUAUAAUAAUAUGCCAUUUAGCAGACGCUUUUAUCCAAAGCGACUUACAGUCAUGCGUGCAUACAUUUUGUGUAUGGGUGGUCCCGGGGAUCGAACCCACUACCUUGGCGUUACAAGCGCCGUGCUCUACAGAGGACCACCCAUACCAGGACUUAUGUAGUCUAUUGAAUAUAUAUACAUACAGUUGAAGUCGGAAGUUUACAUACACCUUCGCCAAAUACAUUUAAACUCAGUUUUUCACAAUUCCCGACAUUUAAUCCUAGUAAAAAUUUCCUGUUUUAGGUCAGUUAGGAUAACCACUUUAUUUUACAUUUACAUUUUAGUCAUUUAGCAGACGCUCUUAUCCAGAGCGACUUACAGUUAGUGAAUACAUAUAUAUAUUUUUUUUAUACUGGCCCCCCGUGGGAAUCGAACCCACAACCCUGGCGUUGCAAACACCAUGCUCUAUCAACUGAGCUACAUCUGAUUCGAACCAGGAUCUCUAGUGGCACAGUUAGCACUGCCUUAGACCACUGCCCCACUCAGGAGACACAUUUUAAGAAUGUGAAAUGUCAGAAUUUACAUUUACAUUUUACAUUUUAGUCAUUUAGCAGACGCUCUUAUCCAGAGCGACUUACAGUUAGUGAAUACAUUUUUUAUUUUUUUAUACUGACCCCCGUGGGAAACGAACCCACAACCCUGGCGUUGCAAACGCCAUGCUCUAUCAACUGAGCUACAUCCCUGCCGGCCAUUCCCUCCCCUACCCUGGACGACGCUGGGCCAAUUGUGCGCCGCCCAUGAGUCUCCCGGUCGCGGCCAGCUGCGACAGAGCCUGGAUUCGAACCAGGAUCUCUAGUGGCACAGUUAGCACUGCGAUGCAGUGCCUUAGACCACUGCGCCACUCAGGAGAAUAAUAGUAGAGAGAAUGAUUUAUUUAAACUUUUAUUUAUUUCAUCACAUUCCCAGUGGGUCAGAAGUUUACAUACACUCAAUUAGUAUUUGGUAGCAUUGCCUUUCAAUUGUUUAACUUGGGUCAAACGUUUUGGGUAGCCUUCCACAAGCUUCCCACAAUAAGUUGGUUGAAUUUUGGCCCAUUCCUCCUGACAGAGCUGGUGUAACUGAGUCAGGUUUGUAGGCCUCCUUGCUCGCACACGCUUUUUUAGUUCUGCCCACAAAUUUUCUAUAGGAUUGAGGUCAGGGCUUUGUGAUGGCCACUCCAAUACCUUGACUUUGUUGUCCUUAAGCCAUUUUGCCACAACUUUGGAAGUGUGCUUGGGGUCAUUGUCCAUUUGGAAGACCCAUUUGCGACCAAGCUGUAACUUCCUGACUGAUGUCUUGAGAUGUUGCUUCAAUAUAUCCACAUAAUUUUCCUUCCUCAUGAUGUCAUCUAUUUUGUGAAGUGCACCAGUCCCUCCUGCAGCAAAUCACCCCCACAGCAUGAUGCUGCCACCCCCGUGCUUCACGGUUGGGAUGGUGUUCUUCGGCUUGCAAGCACCCCCCUUUUUCCUCCAAACAUAACGAUGGUCAUUAUGGCCAAACAGUUCUAUUUUUGUUUCAUCAGACCAGAGGACAUUUCUCCAAAAAGUACAAUCUUUGUCCCCAUGUUCAGUUGCAAAACGUAGCCUGGCUUUUUUAUGGUGGUUUUGGAGCAGUUGCUUCUUCCUUGCUGAGCGGCCUUUCAGGUUAUGUCGAUAUAGGACUCGUUUUACUGUGGAUAUAGAUACUUUUGUACCUGUUUCCUCCAGCAUCUUCACAAGGUCCUUUGCUGUUGUUCUGGGAUUGAUUUGCACUUUUUGCACCAAAGUACGUUCAUCUCUAGGAGACAGAAAGCGUCUCCUUCCUGAGCGAUAUGACUGCUGCGUGGUCCCAUGGUGUUUAUACUUGCAUACUAUUGUUUGUACAGAUGAACGUGGUACCUUCAGGCGUUUGGAAAUUGCUCCCAAGGAUGAACCAGACUUGUGGACGUCUACAAUCCUUUAGGUGGCUUUUGGCAAACUCCAAACUCCAAGAGGGCUAUUGUGCCUUUUACUGAGGAGUGGCUUCUGUCUGGCCACUCUGCCAUAAAGGCCUGAUUGGUGGAGUGCUGCAGAGAUGGUUGUCCUUCUGGAAGGUUCUCCCAUCUCCACAGAGGAACUCUAGAGCUCUGUCAGAGUGACCAUCGGGUUCUUGGUCACCUCCCUGACCAAGGCCCUUCUCCCCCGAUUGCCCAGUUUGGCCGGGCGGCCCGCUCUAGGAAGAGUCUUGGUGGUUCCAAACUUCUUCCAUUUAAGAAUGAUGGAAGCCACUGUGUUCUUGGGGACCUUCAAUGCUGCAGACAUUUUUUGGUACCUUUCCCCAGAUCUGUGCCUUGACACAAUCCUGUCUUGGAGCUCUACAGACAAUUCCUUCGACCUCAUGGCUUGGUUUUUGCUCUGACAUGCACUGUCAACUGUGGGAGCUUAUAUAGACAGGUUUGUGCCUUUCCAAAUCAUGUCCAAUCAAUUUAAUUUACCACAGGUGGACUCCAAUCAAGUUGUAGAAACAUCUCAAGGAUGAUUGAUGGAAACAGGAUGCACCUGAGCUCAAUUUCGAGUCUCAUAGCAAAGGGUCUGAAUUCUUAUGUAAAUAAGGUUUUUAUUUUAUUUGUAAAUACAUUUGCAAACAUUUUCUAAAAACCUAUUUUUGCUUUAUUUAUUUUUUGAAUAAGGCUGUAAUGUAACAAAAUGUGGAAAAGGUGAAUGGGUCUCAAUACUUUCCGAAUGCACUGUACACAUACACACGGGUGGUCCCGGAACAAAAAGUGAGGUGGGGUACCGGAUGAAGAAAAAAAAGACCUUUAUAAUAAAGCAGUAAAGUACUAACAGAAGUUGCACACAUGGGAAACAUUUGUUGUGGCCUAGGGUCUGGGAAAUGUUUGGCCUUUUUAUAAACAAACAAACAUGUUAUAAACGCAUUUCAUGUAAUUAUACGUCAUUUUACGUGUCUAGAGACAUUGUCAUAAUAAUUUUCAAUGCCGCAUUCAAAACAACUGGGAGCUGGGAAAUCUCUGACUUCAGAGCGUUCAAGACAACUGGGAAAUCUGGAAAAAACGAGCUCCGACUGGAAAAUGAGCUUUGAACUGUCAUCCAACUCGGAUUUCCAAGGGGAACUCUGGACUCUUUCUACAGCUCAGACUAUUAUUAUGAUUUUUAUAUAUAUAUAUUUUUUUAAACAUACACAUACAUACAUACAUAUACAUGCAUAUCCUUGUCUGAAGAACAUUUUCUAUUUUUUAUACCCUCAAUCACCAAGUUCAUACCUCAUUUGAAAAUAGGCCUUCAUCAUCUGUCAUAAUGAUCAUUAUUCACAUUUUACUGCAUCUGUCUGCAUGCCAAUCAUUUGAUUGAUCUCAAUCAGUUUCAUGGCAGAGGAGGGACCAACCAAUCAUCUAGUUGAUCUCAAGGUGGGACCAAUUCAAUAUUAUUUGAGUCACAAGCAAGUCCCAAGUCUCAAGGUCCGAGUCUCAAGUCGAGUCCCAAGUAGAACGGGUCAAGACUCGAGUCUAGUCCAAGUCGUGCAUUCUAAGGUUCAAGUCUCAAGUCAAAACAAGUCCAAAUCUAUACUUGUUGAACUACAAAUCUUUGUCUUUUUAUUGAGGCUACCAGACAGCCCUUUUCAUUAUUUAGUCUACAACACAUUGUGAUUAGCCAAUGUAACUGAUGAUGUAAUUGUAAAAUGGGGACCUUGUAGCAGUCGUAAGGGCAUGAAAGGCAGGAUUACGUGCUCAGAAGGCAAGGCGGGUUGAUGUCCUCAGAAGGCAAGGCAGGUUGAUGUCCUCAGAAGGCAAGGCGGGUUGAUGUCCUCAGAAGGCAAGGCGGGUUGAUGUCCUCAGAAGGCAAGGCGGGUUGAUGUCCUCAGAAGGCAAGGCGGGUUGAUGUCCUCAGAAGGCAAGGCGGGUUGAUGUCCUCAGAAGGCAAGGCGGGUUGAUGUCCUCAGAAGGCAAGGCGGGUUGAUGUCCUCAGAAGGCAAGGCGGGUUGAUGUCCUCAGAAGGCAAGGCGGGUUGAUGUCCUCAGAAGGCAAGGCGGGUUGAUGUCCUCAGAAGGCAAGGCGGGUUGAUGUCCUCAGAAGGCAAGGCGGGUUGACGUCCUCAGAAGGCAAGGCGGGUUGACGUCCUCAGAAGGCAAGGCGGGUCAGAAGGCAAGGCGGGUUGAUGUCCUCAGAAGGCAAGGCGGGUUGAUGUCCUCAGAAGGCAAGGCGGGUUGAUGUCCUCAGAAGGCAAGGCGGGUUGAUGUCCUCAGAAGGCAAGGCGGGUUGAUGUCCUCAGAAGGCAAGGCGGGUUGAUGUCCUCAGAAGGCAAGGCGGGUUGACGUCCUCAGAAGGCAAGGCGGGUCAGAAGGCAAGGCGGGUUGAUGUCCUCAGAAGGCAAGGCGGGUCAGAAGGCAAGGCGGGUUGAUGUCCUCAAAAGGCAAGGCAGGUUGAUGUCCUCAGAAGGCAAGGCGGGUUGAUGUCCUCAAAAGGCAAGGCAGGUUGAUGUCCUCAGAAGGCAAGGCGGGUUGAUGUCCUCAGAAGGCAAGGCGGGUUGAUGUCCUCAGAAGGCAAGGCGGGUUGAUGUCCUCAGAAGGCAAGGCGGGUUGAUGUCCUCAGAAGGCAAGGCGGGUUGAUGUCCUCAGAAGGCAAGGCGGGUUGAUGUCCUCAGAAGGCAAGGCGGGUUGAUGUCCUCAGAAGGCAAGGCGGGUUGAUGUCCUCAGAAGGCAAGGCGGGUUGAUGUCCUCAGAAGGCAAGGCGGGUUGAUGUCCUCAGAAGGCAAGGCGGGUUGAUGUCCUCAGAAGGCAAGGCGGGUUGAUGUCCUCAGAAGGCAAGGCGGGUUGACGUCCUCAGAAGGCAAGGCGGGUUGACGUCCUCAGAAGGCAAGGCGGGUCAGAAGGCAAGGCGGGUUGAUGUCCUCAGAAGGCAAGGCGGGUUGACGUCCUCAGAAGGCAAGGCGGGUUGAUGUCCUCAGAAGGCAAGGCAGGUUGACGUGCUCAGUGUAGAUUUAUUUACAGAUCUUGGUGAUCCAAUGAUGAAAGCGCUAUAUCAUACAAAAUAUACAAGUAUAUUGACCAAAUAUCCACGGGCAAUAGGCUCUGUAUCAGGCUGAACCUGUCCAAUCUGAACGGAUGGUAGAGGGCAAAGCUGAACAGCCUCCCCUUGAGAAACCAAAUGGAGUCUGUCUAACAGGAGCUCAAACAGGUAGACCUGCGUAAUAUAACCACUCGGCCCCCAGGACCAGACAAUUACUCAACUGGCAAUUACAAUAAACUGGUUCUACAAUGUAAAAGGCAAUUUCCACAUCCAUUGUUACAUAAGUACAUUCGUCUUAAUCAGACUUAAUGAUAUUUCAUCACCAUUCAUACAUUCAACGUUCUGACUCCAAAGCGUGGAGCGCAGGCCACGUAGCCUAUUUCUAUGAGCCCUGAGGCGCCAUUCCAGGUGACUACCUCAUGAAGCUGGUUGAGAGAAUGCCAAGAGUGUGCAAAGCUGUCAUCAAGGCAAAGGGUGGCUACUUUGAAGAAUCUCAAAUAUAAAAUAUAUUUUGAUUUGUUUAACACUUUUUUGGUUACUACAUGAUUCCAUAUGUGUUAUUUCAUUAAAAUGCAAAUCAAUUUAUAACAUUUUUGACAUGCGUUUUUCUAGAUUUUUUUGUUGUUAUUCUGACUCUCACUGUUCAAAUAAACCUACCAUUAAAAUUAUAGACUGAUCAUGUCAGUGGGCAAACGUACAAAAUCAGCAGGGGAUCAAAUACUUUUUCUAUCCCUGUAAUGCUUAGAGAAUAUCUUAUGUCAAGUGUUAUGGAAGUGUUGUGGUUGCAGGUUCACUUGGCACAUCUAAAGCCUUUUCUUUUGGGGUGUUGCUAUAGGCCACCAGGUGCUAACAGUCAGUAUCUAAAUCAUAUGUGUGAAAUGCUUGAUAGUGUAUGUGAUGUAAACAGAGAGGUCUACUUUCUUGGGGACCUGAAUAUUUACUGGUUUUCAUCAAGCUGUCCGCUCAAGAGGAAGCUUCUCACUGUAACCAGUGCCUGGAAUCUGGUUCAGAUUAUUAAUCAACCUACCAGGGUGUUUACAAACACUACAGGAACAAGAUCAUCCACAUGUAUUGAUCCCAUUUUUACUAAUACUGUAGAACUUUGUUCUAAAGCUGUAUCCGUACCCAUUGGAUGCAGUGAUCACAAUAUAGUGGCUAUAUCCAGGAAAGACAAAGUUCCAAAAGCUGAGCCUAAAAUAGUGUAUAAGAGAUCAUAAAAAAGAUUAUGCUGUGACUCUUAUGUGGAUGAUGUUAAAAUAUGUUUUGGUCUGAUGUGAUUAAUAAGGAACAUCCAGACGCUGCACUUGAUGAAUUUAUGAAAUUGCUUCUUCUAAUUAUUGAUCAACAUGCACCUGUUAAGAAACUGACUGUUAGAACUGUUAUAUUAAAUGUUAAGGCUCCAUGGAUUGAUGAGGAAUAGAAAAACGGUCUGGUUGAAAGAGACGGGGCAAAAGGAGUGGCUAAUAAGUCUGGCUGCACAUCUGACUGGUUGACUUACUGCAAAUAGAGAAAUGAUGUGACUAAACUCAACAAAAAGAAGAAGAAACUGUAUUAUGAAGCCAAGAUCAAUGAUUUAAAGAAUGAUGGAAAAAAAAGUACUUUCAAUGAAAUUAUGGGCAGAAAGACUCAUUCAACUCCACCUUUCAUUGAAUCCGAUGGAUAUUCAUCACAAAACCAUUUGAUGGUGCCAGUUAUUUUAAUGAUUACUUCAUUGGCAAACUUGGGCAGGAAAUGCCAACAACGAACAGUGAGCCAUCGUACUCAUGCAUAAAAAAAAAACAAAUAAUGAAAGAAAAGUUAGAAUUUUGUAAAGUUAGUGUGGGAUAGGAGGAAAAAUUAAUGUUAUCGAUAAAAAAUGACAAACCUCCUGGCAUUGAUAACUUAGAUGGAAAGCUACUGAGGAUGGUAGCUGACUCUAUAGCCACUCCUGUCUGUCAUAUCUUUAAUCUGAGCCUAGAGGAAAGUAUUUUUCCUCAGGCCUGGAGGGAAGCCAAAGUCAUUCCGCUACCCAAGAGUGAUAAAGCAGCCUUUACUGGUUCUAACAGCAGACCUAUCAGCUUGCUUCCAGCUCUUAGAAAACAGUUGGAAAAAAUGGUUUGACCAAAUGCAAUGCUAUUUCUCUGUAAACAAAUGAACAACAGACUUUCAGCAUGCUCAUAGAGAAGGGGACUCAACAUGACCGAUGAUUGGUUGAAAGAAAUUGACAAUAAGAAGAUUGUGGGAGCUGUUCUGUUAGAUGUCAGCCGUUGUUACUGUAUGGACCAGAAGGACCACGACACGGUGUUUAGAAUGACCUGUGUUUAUCCUCCUGUCCUCCAGGAGCGCUGUGCAGACAGCUGUGCCGGGAAGCUGAUCCGCUCCAACCACCGUCUGAUGGGGACCUACGUCAACCUGAUGCCCGGGAUGGUUCAGCGCCGCAUGGCUGAGAUGGAGAAGAAGAAUGCUGAGCUGGUCACGGCGGAGGCCGAGGCUGCAGGGGCACUGGAGGGGACACCUGGACUGGCUGAUCAAGGCCUACCUAUAGCCUCAACCCCGGGUGAAGCCUCCCCUCCAGCCCUGGGGACAGGUGAGGCUAUGACAGCCUCAGAGGUAGCAGUGAUGGCUGCCUCAGUCUUAAAGCCUGCUGUUUUAGAUUUCUCUGCAGACCUGGGUCCAUCUGCCUCCAUAUCUAUAGCUGCUGCACCUGCCACCCCCUCCUCUCCUCUUGACCCCCCCUCCACCUCCUCCACAGAGGUUAAACUAGCAGCUGCCUCCCCCGCCACCCCAGCCUCAGAACCACUGGUGCCCUCCUCCCUGUCCCAGGCCGUGAACGGAGCAGGGAUCACCAGGCUGACUUCAGGCCCAAUUUUAGAGUUGUCCCCCGUUAGACAUGAUGAAUCCACGGUCACUGCUGCUGCUAGUGCAGCGCAUAGUGGUCCCCACCAAAGUAGAUAACCAGACACCAGUAAUAUUAGUUCCGCCCACAUUUACACAUGUGGUGCCUGUAGAGGCGACACCAGCGCCUACAAUAGUGGCUCCUAACCCCAUCCCCAGCCCUAACCCCAGCCCUAACCCCAUCCCCAGCCCUAACCCCAGCCCCAGCCCUAACCCCAGCCCUAACCCCAUCCCCAGCCCUAACCCCAUCCCCAGCCCUAACCCCAGCCCUAACCCCAUCCCCAGCCCUAACCCCAUCCCCAGCCCUAACCCCAUCCCCAGCCCUAACCCCAGCCCCAGCCCUAACCCCAGCCCCAGCCCUAACCCCAGCCCUAUCCCCAAACCCCAGCCCUAA